AUGGAGGCCCUGAGUGCGGUCCUGUCCUGCCCUGUGUGCAUGGAGCUGUUUACGCCCCCGGUUCUGCUCCUCUCCUGCUCCCACAACUUCUGCAAACAAUGCCUGGAGCUGGUCCUGGUGAACCAGAACUGCACCCACGUCAACGGACAGUUCUGCUGCCCAGUGUGCAGGAAAGUCAUUUAUUUGAGGGGAAGGGGAAUAGACAAAUUGCAGAGGAACAUCCUGGCUGAAAACAUACUGGAGAAGUUUAAGGAAGAACUUGAGACGCUUCGCACCAAGGAGCAAAAUCAACUUGCUCAGACAUGUGAAAAGCAUGGAGAAACUGUGAAUCUGAUGUGCCUAAGUGAUGAAGAACCAAUAUGUGGAAUAUGCAAGCUCUUUGGGGACCACAAGUCUCACCCAGUAGCCAAGAUUUCUGAUGCCUAUGCAGAGAGGAAAGUGAACUUUGCUAUGGAUAUUCAGCUGGUGCUGAAGAAAUCUGAGAGCACAGCACAGGCAGUGCAGGACGUGAAGAAGCUCAUCAGAGACCUCUCUACCAGCACCGCUGACACGCUGGCCAUGAUCGACGCCAUUGGAGACAGCCUGCUCAGUCGCAUCAAACGUCGGAUUGCCACCUUGAAAAAGCAACUGGAGAGUGAGCAGUGCUCCAAGCUGGAGAAGUUACAGCUGGUUGCCCGGGAACUUGAAGCCCCCCUAAAGCUUUACCAGCAGAUGAAGAUGCUCCUGCAGCAUCAUGCUAACGCAGUGCAAUUUCUCCGCGAGUAUAAAAGGCUCAAGGGGGAGAUGGAGAGACUCUUGGAGGGCACCCUGUCCCCCCCAGUCCCCACCAAGGACACUAUUUCCAUCAGGCGCUAUUUUCAAGAGCUCAUUAGAGGAAUAGACAUCACUGCCUUUACCCUGCCUGAAACUGACCAAGUGCCGGCCAGCAUGGCUGGGCUCCAAGAGGCCUGGCAGGCAGGCUGUGCCAUUCAGGGAGGUCUGUCGCAACAAGUGCUUGAGGAUACUUCGUGCAAGGCAGUGUCGGGCUCAGUGCCAAAACCAAAUCAAGAGGCAGAGCUUCCUAGGAACCCAUCUCAUGCUUACUCUCCUUUCUCCACUAGCAUGUCCUCAGUACAAGGAAGUGAGAUUGGGUCUAGAGAAUCAACCGUGUAA